AUGAACCCUACACACCAUGAUCGUCCAAGAGCAUGCAACAACAACCUCGUGAUAGACACAGUGGACACAGCUGCAACCAACGGACUCUUGCUCAUGGUGAUGCAGAAACCCCGUGUACCUGUGAAGGAGGCCCGAAAGGAACCAAAGUUCAGCUGCCCAGUCUGCAUGAAUGAGCUGGUCGAUGCGUCAUCGACUAUCUGUGGCCACAUCUUCUGCCAGAACUGCAUUGAGGCCUCCAUCCAAGCUCAGAGCAAGUGA